GUUGCUCCCCAGCUCCACUGCGGCGAUCAGUGCGGAGCAGCGCGCUUUGGCCGCCCCCUUUCGCACGUUACUUCGUAAUCACCAGCCCGUUUCCGUUCCAUGACAGGACGCCUCUUCAUGCCCUGCUGCUGUCCCACCCUUUGAAACAUCCCACAGCCCUCAGCCCGCUUGCAAACAUAUAACCCGCUGCUCGACGCCGUCCUGUUUGUCUCUCAUCCGUGCCUCCGCCAUCGCCCGCGCCGCCUCACUUCCCAAUCCGCCCAAGCCCGCUCCACGUCUCACCAUGCAGAACCAGGCCUCCGUGCAGCGCCAGACCGCGCAGGACCCUGACGCCGGCUGGAAGCCCAGCAACCGCCCUCAGUCCACCGUGGCCCUCAACUUCAUGGACGAGCUCGACACGCUGUUCAACCUCGACAACAGCCUCGACACCCUGGACAAGACCAUCCACGAGAAGAAGCAGGCCGUCAACACACAAGCACAGGAGCUCGAGGCCCUGCAGAGGCGGCUGCGCGAGGCCGAGGAGCGCCUCAGCCAAGCAACCGGCUCGCCGCUCAAGCCAAAAGACUCGCAGCCUGCCACGGCUGCUGCAAACAGCCCGCUGGCCGCCAGACACCCGCAGACCAUGGACAUCCCGGGUAUGCUACCCAGCGACCGCACUCGGCCCACUCGCGCGCCAGCGUCACCGCCUAGACGGCCGCCGCCUUGUAGUGUAGUCCGACAUACCCCAGACGCGCGCAGCGGCAAAGAGAGCCAGUCUGACCGGACGCCGUAUCAUUUUAAUCAACGAAGACACAUUUCUGGAGAGACGCCCAUUUUUGCACUUGCUUUUUGUUAGGCCCAUUGUUGGCCCACUGUUGUCCCAUUGUUGGCCCAUUGUUGGCCCGUCGUUGGCCCAUUGUUGGCUCGUUUAAGGAGCCCGUAUCUGUAGGCGCGGCAUAGCGUAGAAGAAUCCACUGAACCGCCUCAUUUCGUGUGCAUGUUGUGCUACCAUCAACACGCCACAAGUGCCUGUCUCUCAGAUUGCAAGAUAAAUGGCGGACUACAUAAGGACAUGAGCCAGAUAUUCUACUACGCGACAGUAGGUAACGUAGAGAGAACACACAAAAACCCUAUAGAGUACUUUCUUGCCUACAACAUAGACGAUGCUUAACUAAAUCUUAGCUUUAGGUAUUACGAUAGCUACGAUUUCUGUAUCGAAGUUGGCCAGCUUGAAGGUCGCUUGUCCGCCAUUGCUUUUGUGAAACUUGAGAGCCUGUCAAGCAG